AAGUAGUUAAUGAAGGUGGUUUUCAGCUCAUCUACUUCACCCACUAUUUUAUUUUUUCAUUUAUAGAUAAUCAAUCCUUCCCUUAUUCUCUUUAAUCCCAUCUGUUUCUGCCUAACCGAACUGCUAAAGAUUCCCCUUUUCGUUAUCGUGCGCUCUAUUUAUAUCCCUUAGAUCUCUUUCUUUGGUACUCACACAAGUUUCAAGUUUCUCCUCUACGUAAUCCAUGGAAGCCUGCUUCUUCGAUACUCUCAAGGCUCAACCUUUCUGGGUUAUUUUCCUUUUCACUUUGGGUUCUUUAUCACUCUUGAAGUUUUCAUUUGUUUUUCUGAAAUGGGUCUGGAUCAAUUUUCUUAGACCUGGUAAGAAUCUCAAAAAAUAUGGUUCCUGGGGUCUUGUUACUGGACCAACUGAUGGUAUCGGCAAAGGAUUUGCCUUUCAGCUGGCUAGGAAAGGCCUUAAUCUUGUCUUGGUGGGCCGUAAUCCUGAUAAACUAAAAGACGUUUCCGAUUCAAUCUUGGCCAAGUAUGCCAAGAUUCAGAUCAAGACAGUUGUUGUGGACUUCACUGGCGAUCUUGAUGAAGGCGUGAAGAAGAUAAAAGAAACUGUUGAAGGACUGGAUGUGGGGGUUUUGAUUAACAAUGUUGGGAUUUCAUAUCCUUAUGCCAGGUACUUCCACGAGGUUGAUGAGGAGCUGUUGGUGAAUUUGAUUAAGGUUAAUGUUGAAGGUACCACAAAGGUAACUCAAGCUGUUUUGCCUGGGAUGGUGAAGAGAAAGAAAGGCGCAAUUGUGAACAUUGGGUCUGGUGCUGCCAUUGUCAUCCCUUCUGAUCCACUUUAUGCUGUUUAUGCUGCUACUAAGGCGUAUAUUGAUCAAUUCUCUAGGUGCCUUUAUGUUGAAUACAAGAACAGUGGGAUUGAUGUUCAGUGUCAGGUUCCAUUGUAUGUGGCAACAAAAAUGGCAUCAAUCAAAAGAUCAUCUUUCUUUGUUCCAUCAACAGACGGAUAUGCUCGUGCAGCAAUGCGGUGGAUAGGCUAUGAACCUCGUUGCACGCCCUACUGGCCCCAUUCCAUCCUCUGGGGCUUGGCUUAUUCACUGCCAGAGAGUGUGGUUGAUGCAUGGCGUUUGCGCUUCUGUCUUGGCAUUCGGAAGAGGGGGCAAAUGAAAGAUUCUAGGAAGAAGGAAUGAAAACACAUUGUUGAGUCUGUUCUAUUUUCUGUUCAUGGAGUUCAAUAUUUUGCUUGGAUGAAUGAGAUCCACAACCCUUUAUAAAUUUGUUUUCAAGCAUUGCAAUUGCAUUGUGACACUUCCAUUAUGUAUUAGGAUGCUUAGGGAAGGACAAGGAUGAAAGUAUACAAAUAUAUGAACCCUUUUCCUGCA